AUGGUGAUUAUUGUUCACUACAUUUUUGCGUUUUUUUCUNNNNAUUUUCUUAGUUUUUUUCUCUUACAACAUUCCGAAUCGUGGGGAAAUCGUUAUUUCCAAUCAUGUGCUGGUCUACGGGGAAUCACCAAUUUGGGGAACACGUGCUAUAUGGACGCGGCGCUGCAAUGUCUGUUGCAUACACCUUUCCUUUGCGACUUUUUUUUGGACUACGAGCGGAUAACACUGAAUCUUGAAAACCCGAUGGGGAGCCGGGGAGAGGUUCUUCGUGAGUUUUACGACGUAUGUUCGCGCAUGUGGCCAAUAACAGACAAGCCAGCACCUGUUGUUAUGGAAAAAGGGGAAAAGCGACGGAAAUUUUCCCCAUUAAAUGUUGCUACGUUUAAGGCGGCUUUUGGACGAUUCGCGCCGGAGUUUGAUAAUUAUUCACAGCAAGAUGCGCAGGAGUUUUUGGUGCGUCUUCUGGAUGCGCUACAUGAAGAUACGAAUCUGGUGAAGUGGCCUAAACCAUACGUACAAGAGCCCGAUAUCGAUGACCAGGCUUUGCUGGAUGCUGUGGGUGGCGAGCCGAUGGUAGCGAUGCAAAGAUGGAAACAGUAUCUGAAACGGGAUAGAAGUUUUUUUGUGGACUUGCUUAUGGGACAGAUGAAAAGUCNNNNACGAGGAUAUAAGCAUACAGUGUGA